GGUCCGUCUGGGACAAGAUAUUGGUGCAAGCAAGAUCACUGCUUCACUACUUAUCAGCAUCAUGGCCGGGGCUUCAUUAGUUGGACGCCUAGCAAUUGGUCGCGUGGCUGACCUGAAAUGUUUAAGACAGAAGCGGAAGAACAUUAUGCAAAUCGCUUUUCUCUGCAUCGCGGUUUCUACUGCACUUGCACCAUUCUCACCGUCAUUCAUUUGGCUUGCCCUUUACGCCGCUGUAUUUGGACUCAAUGAGGGAAUAUACAUGAAUCUUUUCAUGGUAAUAACUAAAGAUAUCGUGGGUGCUGACCAUCUGGCCUUCGCUUUUGGCAUUCUUUGUUCGAUUUUGUCCGUCCCAAAAACAGUGGGACCACUUUUCGCGGGCUUCAUGUUCGAUAGCUAUCAAAGUUACGUUCUCCCUUUCAUGGUAAUUGGAGAUUUAACAGCUCUUGCGGCGAUCUUGUUGUUUCGUAUUCGAUCCCAAACAUCAAUGGAAUUAAGCGUAGAUGAUGAGCCAGAGACUGAAAACAUAGUAGGCUGAGAAACGAGUGUGUGACACGGUUCAGUAUACAUUGGUGACAAAAUGAAUUUUUUUAUGCAAGUUUAAUAAUAGUGAAAGGGGCGACGGAAACGAGUGUGUGACACGGUUCAGUAUACAUUGCCGACAAAAUGAAUUUUUUUAUGCAUGUUUUAACUCGUGGAUACGCGAAGCGUAGAAACGAGUUAUUGUGAGGGGUCU